AUGGCUCUCAGUUCGUGGAAAACGUUCGAUUUCUUCGAAGUCAGCCAAGUCACUCCGCCAGACGAGGACGGCAAAUCUUUCUUCGACAGCAAUGAGAUUAGCUGUGUAUGCUCCGGUUCGGAGAGCCUCUUUCUCGGAAGCUACGAUGGCACCGUCCGGAUCCUGUCGCCAACUUUCAAAGUGUUGAGGAGCUUUCAAGCUUACGAUGCGGGCGCGAUUACACAUAUGAAGCAGGUGGAGGGGACCUCUCUAUUGGUCACGAUAUCGGAAGACUUGCCCAAUGAACCUGUCUUGAAAGUAUGGGCCUUGGACAAGCCAGUCAAGAAGACCGGUCUACCAACAUGUCAAUCAACUGUGAGCAUACAAAAUGGAAGGAGGCCGUUUCCGAUAUCUGCCUUUGCUGCCCUGGAUAAUCUCUCACAGGUAGCCGUGGGAUUCGCCAAUGGUUCAGUUACAGUGGUACGUGGGGACUUAAUACAUGAUAGAGGGGCGAAACAAAGGACGGUGUAUGAAUCAGAAGAGCCCGUAACCGGAGUCGAGCUUCGGGAAGAGUCCAACAAUUUGACUACCCUCUACGUUACGACUAUAUCCCGAAUACUGAAACUCGUCACGGCAGGCAAGGGAGCUGGCCAGCCGGCGAGAAAUGUGGAGGAGUCCGGUUGUGCUGUUGGGUGUAUGACCGUUGAUAAACGUAAUGGCGAUAUUGUUGUAGUCCGAGAAGAUGCCAUCUACUACUAUGGUGUCGAUGGUCGCGGGCCAUGUUAUGGCUACGACGGUCCCAAAAGUCUUGUCGCUAUAUACGAGGACUAUGUGGCUUUAGUCUCGCCGCCAGCAGCAGCGACAGCGUCAAACAAGCCUAGUGCUCUUCGCCGGUUUGGGGGUAUGCAGGCCGAAGAAAUAUUCGACACCUCCACGUUCACCUUGCUGGAUACAGACUUGAAGUUUAUUGCACAUUCAGAAUCUUUAAUUUCACAAGUCAAGACUCUUUUCAUGAUAUGGGGCGAUCUCUUUACGUUGAAUCAGGAUGGAAAGAUCUUCCGGUACCAUGAAAAGUCAUUACAACAGCGAUUGGAGAUUCUUUACCAAAGGAACCUCUUUACCUAUGCGAUCAGUUUGGCACAGAAGUGUAACAUGGAUGCUGCUCAGCUGAAUGUAAUAUACCGUAAAUAUGGAGACAACCUUUAUCAAAAAGGAAAUUAUGAUGGCGCCAUGCAACAGUACCUAAAAGCAAUUGACAACACUGAACCUUCUCAGUUCCUUGACACCCAAAGGAUACACAAUUUGAUCGAAUACCUUGAGGAAUUGCAUGAGCAUCACAAGGCCACCGCCGAUCACACAACUCUCCUUCUGAAUUGCUACGCCAAACUCAAAGAUAUUGACAAGCUGGAGAAAUUCAUCAAGUCUCCUGGUGACCUCAAAUUUGACCUUGAUACUGCGAUUUCUAUGUGCCGUCAAGGAGGCUAUUACCAACAGGCAGCCUACCUUGCGACAAAGCAUGGUGAGCAUGGAUUGGUAGUAGACAUUUUGAUUGAGGACUCCAAAAAGUAUGCGGAAGCUCUUCAAUACAUAUGGAGAUUGGCACCCGAUGCUAUGUACGAAAAUCUGAUGAAGUAUGCCCGAGUUCUCUUAGAACACUGUCCCUCUGAAGCCACCAAGCUUUUUGUACAAUACUUUACGGGCCACUUUCGUCCAAAGACAGACGCAGACGAUAUCGUCAUCCAAGAGGAGGAGAUACGACCUACCGGUGGCUACGCUGCUGGAGCUGUCACCGCGGUCCAAAAUUUGCGAGACCUGUUGCCUUUGCCAUAUAUGAGCACAGCUGCAGUUGCAUCCCCGCCAACGCAAGGGAAUAUUGAGCCGACAGUCGGUGACAAUGAAAUUGUCGAAAACCCACAGCCACCUGCUCCAGAAUACACAGCACCACAACCAAGGAUUGCCUUUUCCUCUUUCGUUGAUCAUCCUGACGAGUUCAUCGUAUUCCUGGAAGCAUGUUUAGAGGAGAAGGAUCUCAAAGAGCGAGAUAAGAUCGAUCUCUAUACCACAUUAUUUGAGAUGUUCCUUCACAAAUCGAACGAAAAACGAGGUGAGCAUAGAGAUGAAUGGGAAGCAAAGGCGAAGAAGCUCAUUGAGGGUAAAAAUAUUCCAAUCGAUACCUCGAAUGUCCUCCUACUGUCCCAUCUUUCAAAUUUCAAAGAUGGAACUGUUCUCGUCCGCGAACAAGCUGGGCUUAGAUUUGAUAUCUUUCGUUCCUAUACAUCCGCCAAAGAUACAAGAGGUGCAAUCAAAGCCCUCCGAAAAUACGGUCCUGAUGAACCCCAAUUAUACCCAGCAGCACUAGCAUACUUCACCUCCGACCCCCGCAUCCUCGAGGAAGCGGGCGACGAACUCGACAUCGUCCUCAAAAAAAUCGACGACGACGGUCUCAUGGCGCCUCUCCAAGUCAUCCAAACCCUCUCCACCAACGCCGUCGCCACCAUGGGCAUGAUCAAAACCUACCUCCAAGCAACCAUCGACCGCGAACGCAAAGAAAUCAACAGCAACCGUCGUCUUAUCACCUCUUACCGUACGGAGACGCUCGAAAAACGUGCUGAAAUCCAAGACCUGACGACGAAACCCCAGACUUUCAACGCCACACGCUGCUCCUUCUGCGGCUCACAGCUUAGUCUCCCGGCUGUGCAUUUCAUGUGCAAACACAGCUUCCAUGCUACCUGUAUCAAUGUGCAGGAUAACGGCGAGGGCGGCGUCGAGGGCGACUGCACGGUAUGUAGGAAGGAUAAUGAGGGUAUUCGCGCGUUUGUGAGGAGUCAGGAGGAGGUUGGGGGGAAACACGACUUGUUUCUUGAUGCGGUCAGCAGGGGAGGCGAUAGAUUCGCGACUGUUAGUGAGUUUUUUGGACGGGGUGUUAUGGGGGAUGGGGUCGGUGAGUGA